AUGGAUUAUAUUGUAAGAUCGUUAUAUUUGUUGACCGUCUUUUUAAUAUUUUCAACGUUUCGUGAAUCACGGAUGCAACCGGUGGAAAGUGCAAACAUUUUGGCAAUAGAAACGAUUGCGGGGAAAAGCCACUGGAACUUUUUUAGUUCGGUAUUACGAUCGUUGACGGAUAAAGGGCAUAAUGUCACUGUGUUUACACCAAUAACAGAAGGUAACCGUGAAAACUAUACAGAAAUCGAUACUUCCGGUGAUUUACCAAAGAAACGAGGGAUAGGUUUGACGGAUAUGAUGAAGGUUUUCGGCGAUCCAAUCAAGACUCUAUGGUUCGGUCCAGGUAUAGCGAGAUCCUAUUGCGAUAUUAUUCACGGAAACGAACGAUUGAAAGACAUUUUGGAAGGCUUUGUUCAUACCGAUUUCGAUGUGAUCCUUAUCGAACCCGUCUGGUUGGACUGCAUGUCAUAUGUGGCCAUGAAAUUGAGUUUGCCUAUGAUAUACGUAGUACCACAGUCGAUGGUCACCUUUUUGGAGUAUUCUUACCUUGGACAUGUGCCUAAUCCCGCGUCGGUUUCAAAUUUUAUGGCUGACCACGGUGUUCCUAAAACGUUCGUCCAAAGAUUCUCAAAUACUGCCUUGUUGUCGUACAGCUUAUUGACAUUCAGUUGCUUCGAGUUUCUACUUAAGUACAGAGAACCUAAACCGUACGACGUUUCGAGGCCUGUACAACCUUCCGUGAUGUUUGUAAACAGUCAUUAUAUUACUGAAGCUUCGAGAUCUUUGUUUUCAAAUUUUGUUUCUGUGGGCGGUAUUCAUUUGAACGCGGUGCAGAAUAUUCCAAAUGAUAUAUUGGACUUCAUUGAGAACUCACCACAUGGAGUCAUUUAUUUUACGUUUGGCUCAGUCGUAUCAAUGUCAACUUUACCAGACCAUAUUCAAAACGCAUUUAAAGAAGCUUUAGCACAAGUACCUCUGAGGGUAUUAUGGAAAUACGAAGGAGAAAUGAAAGAUAAACCAAUAAAUGUAAUGACAAGUAAAUGGUUUCCUCAGCGUGAUAUACUCGCGCAUCCAAAUGUAAAACUAUUCAUUAGUCACGGAGGUAUAUCUGGUGUAUAUGAAGCUGUAGAUGCAGGCGUCCCUGUUCUUGGAUUCCCUCUCUUCUACGAUCAACCUAGAAACAUUGAUAACUUAGUUGAAGCAGGAAUGGGGAUUUCUAUGGAUCUGUUAACUUUACAAAAAGAUGAAUUGUUAACAAAUAUUUUAGAACUCAUUAAUAAUGAAAAAUACAUGAAAAAUGCUAAAAUCGUUUCUGAUAGAUUUAAAGACCGACCGAUGUCACCAUCAGAAUCAGUUGUUUACUGGACAGAGUACGUAAUUCGUCAUAAAGGAGCACCACAUUUAAAAUCUCAAGCACUUAAUUUAACGUGGUAUCAAUACUUUCUAUUGGAUGUUAUUUUUGUUAUAUUCAUUUUUAUUUCCUUUGUUAUUUUCAUUACUUACAAACUUUUUAAAACUAUUUAUUACUACUUUCUAAAAUAUUCACAAACCAUCAAACCAAAGUUAGAAUAA